UUUUUAGAUCUUGUUUCUUUAAUUUAAAUCUUAACAUCCAUUUUUAUGAUUGACAAAACUAUUAACUCUGAUUAGUUACCUCAUUAAAAAACCAUUUGAUGCCUCUGUGAGAUCAUCGUAUCAACCUCGUAUGAAAAACACAAAAAAAAUUAGAUUACACCGCUAUCCAACGACUACAUCUUGGAAUUUGAAUAUUUGAAUCUACUAUUCUUUCUACUCAUGAUUCCAUUUGCUCUAUCUGAUUCUCUUGGCUUUAUAUUAGAUCAGGAUUUGUGGGUAUUCUUUCAUUCUUGCAGAGCUCUUCAAUUCUCAGAAAUAAUCAGAAUCCCUGUAAUACUAACCACCACCCUGCAUUACAGCUUGGGGAGAUGUUCAAUGAAUCUGCAUCUUGUUCCUCAGACAACCCAGUUGGUAAUAAGGCUUUGCCAAAUUUACCAGCUGGGAACACUCCAUAUGCAAAGGCCAAGCAUGCACAGAUGGUGGACAAGGAUCCAGAGAAAGCAAUAGCACUGUUUAGAGCUGCAAUCGAUGUGGGAGAUAAAGUAGACAGUUCUCUUAAAGACAUGGCCAUCGUCAUGAAGCAGCAGAACAUGUCAGAAGAAGCCAUUGAAGCUAUCAAAUCAUUAAGAAAUCGAUGCUCUGAUGAAGCCCAAGAAUCUCUAGACAAUGUACUGCUCGAGUUGUACAAGGGAUGUGGGAGAAUGGAUGAGCAUAUCAUGUUACUGAAUCACAAGCUCAAUUUGAUUAAUCAGGGCUUGUUAUUCCAUGGAAAACGAGCAAAAACAGCUAAAUCCCAGGGGAAGAAGAUUACAAUUUCUAUUGAACAAGAAACUUUAAGAUUGCUUGGAAACUUGGGUUGGGCUUACUUGCAACAAUCCAAUUAUAUGGCUGCAGAGGCUGUAUACAGGAAGGCCUUAUCAAUAGAAUCAGACAACAACAAGAUCUGCAAUCUUGGUAUAUGUUUGAUGCAUCAAGGAAAAGUUGCUGAGGCCAAAAUGAUGCUACAAAAUGUAAAACCUGCAUCUGCAAAUGAUCCACAGGGGCUUGAUUCUCACUUGAAAUCAUAUGAAAGAGCUCAGCAUAUGCUAAAAGAACUUGAAGAAAAUCCAAUUUAGCAUAAUCUCCUUAAUGAAAAAUUUGCUGUUGAAAGCCUGGAAUCUGAUUGAAUAUGGGAAACUAAAUUCUAGCUCAAUAGGUUCACAGAUUACCUGCAAACACUCCAGGUGUCAUAUACCAAAGCUCAGUCCUCAAUGUCUUCUAGCAAUGAUUUGAUGGUUCUUGUAUUGUUCAUAUGUCUAUAAACAAAGGUGGCGACAAAGCCGUAUAUAUAUCAAUACAUAUGUGUCCAUCAAUUAUUCAUGACCACUAUUUCUCAAUGCAUUAAAAUUUGUUUGUUA